AUGAUACCUUCGCACACUGAUCGACCCAGACUUUUCCCACCCACAAGCUUAUUAAUACGACCCCCGUGGCCGGGCACCGACUUAGUUCUAUGCGAAUCAUUUAUCGAAUAACGUCGCGCGGUUUGCGUUCCGAAAGCCCCACAAUCAAUCAUGACAAACGUGAAUCGACGGUUUUUCAAACACUCGUUACUCCUAUUGACCCUUUCAGUGCUCGUCGAGCAGCAUUUAGCAGCGAAAUUUUCCCGUGCCCUGAACGACGAUGUGGAAUUCAUCACACCCAGCGGAAUCGGACCUCCGGCGUUUGGGCCCCUUGGACCAGGUGGAUUUAGGGGAAUUGAGAUUUUACCCAGACCAGAACCAUCCUGGAAAGCGGGUGUCACUCUCGUUGCAGAUAACCCGGAACAGCAGAUAAUGGGUACAAUCACCUUCAAGCAGUGGGCACCGGGUCACAUCGAAACCAACAUCAAUGCAACCGGACUACCAGUUGGGAAACAUGCGGUACACGUUCACGCCUUUGGUGACAUGAAGGAAGGCUGUAAAUCUACCGGACCACAUUUUAGGAGCAGUAUUAUCGGUAACGUGGAGGUGAAAGAAGAUGGGAACGCAAUGAUCGACUUCCACAGCCCAUACGUAAAUCUGUUUGGUUUCGCCGGAAUCGUCGGACGGUCAAUUGUGAUUCAUGAGAAGGCUUCCGAGAUCUAUCGGUUCCCGGAUCUGUCGAUCAACAAUCCGGUGUCAUUCCAGGGUGAGGAGGAUACGGUCGGGGCACGAAUUGCCUGUGGAAUUAUUACGAUUUUGGAUAACGUGUCGUGAGCUGAAUGAGGAGAGAACAGAACAGCCUUGCAGUGUUUCCAUACAUUAAUCCAAUCUUAAACGUCGAAACGGGGUGUUGAUAAUGUAUUACAUGUGCCUAUUUGUGAUAUAAA